AUGCCGUCAAAUGAUGAUAAGUAUGGUAAUUUAACGUCGAACUGUACACACUUUGUGACACACAGAGGAUACAUCACAGACGCAUUUACAGAGGAAGAGAAACAGUUUCCGAUUGCUUUCAGUAUUCUGAUACAUACGGAAGUUAAGCAGGCUGAAACACUUUUACGUGCGAUAUACCGACCCCAGAAUCUUUACUGCAUUCACGUGGACACGAAAAGUAGUGCAGCGUUUUAUGAAGAAAUCCUUGCAAUUUCAUCUUGUUUUGACAAUGUUUUCUUGAGCUCUCAAAGGUUUGACGUGAAAUGGGGCACAAUGUCGGUCUUAGAACCAGAAAUUGAAUGUAUGAAGGAUCUUUGGAACAAAAGUGUGUCUUGGAAAUACUUUAUAAAUUUAACUGGCCAGGAAAUUCCAUUGCGAACAAACUUGGAACUUGUAAAAAUACUUAAGGCCUACAAUGGUGCAAAUGAUAUCUACGCAACAGUUAAAUGGGUUAACACGGAACGUUUGUCGAGUGCUGGACCAGCCCCUCAUAAUAUCCGACCUUCAAAAGGGGCCGUGCACAUAGCAGCCAGUAGGGGUUACGUGGAUUAUCUCCUCCAUGACCAAAGGGCAAAAGACUUACUAGAGUGGACACGAAAAACAGACAUACCUGACGAAACAUACUUUUCUACGCUGAAUAGCAACCCUCAUUUAAAUGUUCCCGGUUCUUAUAAUGGUAGCUUCGUGGCUGACCUAAACGCAACACGCCCCUCUUCAUUCACUCGCUACAAGUUAUGGAUAUUUGACGGGCACGAAGAACACUGCCAGGGGCAGUUUGUGCGAAAUAUCUGCAUUUUUGGCGUCGGAGAUUUGCCAGGAUUAGCCGAAAGUGAAAUGCUAUUUGCCAACAAAUUUUUCCUCGAUUUUCAACCAUUGGCCCGAGAGUGUUUGGACGAACUGUUGAACAAUCGAACGAGGGAGGAACAUUUAGGAAAUCUUUAUUUCAAUGACAGUUUUUAUGCACAGCAAGACUUUGUGAUUAAUCAAGUACGAUUGGGCUGA